GGUUAGGAUUUUCAUGCAUUAGUAUUUGACAGAUCACGUGGGAUUUCAGACUUGGUGUCAAAGAGAAAGAUGCUCAGUAUGCUUUGACAUUUCAUCAUGAAUAGACUUACUAACGAGCAACGCUUGCAAAUCAUUGAAUUUUAUUACCAAAAUCAGUGUUCGGUUCGAAAUGUGUUUCGCGCGCGUGUUUUGUUCAGCGAUGAGGCUCAUUUCUGGUUGAAUGGCUACGUAAAUAAGCAAAAUUGCCGCAUUUGGGGUGAAGAGCAACCAGAAGCCGUUCAAGAACUGCCCAUGCAUCCCGAAAAAUGCACUGUUUGGUGUGGUUUGUACGCUGGUGGAAUCAUUGGACCGUAUUUUUUCAAAGAUGCUGUUGGACGCAACGUUACGGUGAAUGGCGAUCGCUAUCGUUCGAUGCUAACAAACUUUUUGUUGCCAAAAAUGGAAGAACUGAACUUGGUUGACAUGUGGUUUCAACAAGAUGGCGCUACAUGCCACACAGCUCGCGAUUCUAUGGCCAUUUUGAGGGAAAACUUCGGACAACAAUUCAUCUCAAGAAAUGAACCCGUAAGUUGGCCACCAAGAUCAUGCGAUUUAACGCCUUUAGACUAUUUUUUGUGGGGCUACGUCAAGUCUAAAGUCUACAGAAAUAAGCCAGCAACUAUUCCAGCUUUGGAAGACAACAUUUCCGAAGAAAUUCGGGCUAUUCCGGCCGAAAUGCUCGAAAAAGUUGCCCAAAAUUGGACUUUCCGAAUGGACCACCUAAGACGCAGCCGCGGUCAACAUUUAAAUGAAAUUAUCUUCAAAAAGUAAAUGUCAUGAACCAAUCUAACGUUUCAAAUAAAGAACCGAUGAGAUUUUGCAAAUUUUAUGCGUUUUUUUUUUUUUAAAGUUAUCAAGCUCUUAAAAAAUCACCCUUUACAUAUUUGCAGGGCAAUUCUCGAUCUGAUUGGUCUAAUCACAAUCAAUUCAAACGCAACUUGAUCGAUGUCUGAGUUUUCGUGCAUCGUUGGACUUGAUCGUCUCUUUCUGUACAAUCACUUCCAAUCAUCAUACCGGAACCAACCAAUCAGUUUCAAUCAGUAAUAGCGGCCAUACACAGGCACACUUGUGCGUUCGAUCGGUAUGUGUAAACAUGCGGUUUACUCGUGUAUGGGCUUGUUCGCGUACCGAUCCAUGUUCGCGAAAAUUUUUGAUUUUUUACGAUCGGUGCGCGAACAUGUUUAUCGUGUAUGGCGUUGUGAACGCACAAAACCUCAUUUCUCUCGUGUCGCCGAGCAGUGAAGAUCGCGGACGAACAAUGGCAAGUGUAAAUAAAGAUUUUGUAUCAGAGUUUAUUGAUCUUUUAAAGAAUGAAGUGGCAAUUUGGCAAACGAAAAGUGAUAAAUAUAAAAAUAAAAGUGAAAAAAAUAGAAGUUGGAAUAAUUUAUUAACAAAAUAUAAAGAAAUCGAUAAAAGUGCUACAUUAGAAACCGUCAAAAAAAAGUAUAAUGGUUUAAGAUCUUGCUAUAGACGCGAAUUGCAAAAAGUUCGGAGAAGCGAGAAAUCAGGAGCAAGCUCAGAAAAUAUUUAUGUACCAACACUGUGGUACUUUGAAAGCAUGAAUUUCCUUAUGGACCAAGAAAUUCAAAUGGAAGGGAUUUCGUCGUUUGAGGAUUGCGACGAUGAAGAAAGAGAACCUAACAAUAAAAGACAGAAAAUCACAGAAAAGGAUUUCUUGAGAAAAGCAGCGAACUUUUUGGAUAAAUCUGAAAGCAAUCCAAAAAAGGAUGAAGCGACCAUUUAUGGAGAAGCAUGGGCUGUAACAUAUAGGAAGUUAAAUAAGGAGCAGCAAUUAUUUGCUAAAAAAUUGAUUGACGAAACUUUGUUACAUGGUCAAUUGGGAAACCUAAAGCUAACAUCAUUUAUAAAUAAUGAAAAUCCUCGGCCACAUUUUUCGCAUCAUAAUUAUCAGCUUUACAACCGUUCAUCGCAAUAUUCAUCACAUCCAGCUGUACCAAUACAAAUAAUUUCGAAUGAAGUUAUUUCUCCAUCAUCAAGUCAGUCAUUCCAACAUUUAUUCGACAGCCCAGAAUUCCAAGAUUUUAGCGAAUAAUAUAAGUUUACAACUAUAGCAUUAAGUACAGAACAUUGUAAAACAAGAUUUCUGUAAAUGCAAAUGUGUACCUGAAUUAACACCACAUUUUGAUCUCAGUGUUGAAUUUUUGUUUGUUUUUUUAAUAUUAAUGUAUUUUAUCUUUUAUGUUAUGUUAUAUUUUUUACAAAGUGUCCUUAGAGAAUUGACUACUAGUUUAUGUAUGUACAUAUGUAUUUAUU